CUACAACAUCCUGUAAGUUUUAUUCUGGCUUUGCCUCUUGUCAACUGAAGCAGCACCAUGCUGUCUCUGCACCUAAAUCUUGAGUGUAUUGGCUUCAUCCUACUCCUGAGGAUUUUGGCACAAACAGGAAUUAAUGCCAAACCUUCACUGUCGGCCUGGCCAAGCCAUAUUGUUCCUCGGGGACAGAAUGUGACCCUCACUUGUGACACUAACAAUAAGUUUAACAUAGUCAUGCUGUACAAAGAGCAUGGGAAUCCUAAACUUCAGGUUUAUAAAAAAAUGCUCCAGAGGAGUCUUCUUUUGGGACCUGUGACCCAAGCAUUUGGAGGAACCUACAGAUGCUAUAGUUAUACAGGUCAACACCAUAAUGAGCUCUCAUCACCCAGUGAGCCUCUGAAGAUCAUAAUUUCAGGAAUCUACAGAAAACCUUUCCUCCUGGCCCUACCAACUCUCUUGGUAAAAUUAGGAGAGAAGGUGACAUUGAAGUGCCUUUCAGAGAUUACAUUUGACACUUUCACUUUGACUUCACAUAGAAUGGGAAUAAACAAGAACUCUCACCAGCUUUCUGCAGAAAUUCAUAUGGGAGUGUCCCAUGCCAACUUCCCAAUAGGUCCUGUGACACCUGACCAUGCUGGGACAUACACAUGUUAUGGUUCUUACCACCAAACACCAUAUGAGUGGUCUGAAUCCAGUGAUCCUGUUGACGUAAAGAUCACAGGUUUAUACAAGAAACCUUCUCUGUCUGCUCUGAUGGGAACUGUUGUGACAUCAGGAGAGAACAUGAUCUUGUCCUGCAUCUCUGACCAUCAGUUUGACUUGUUCCAUCUGUCCAUGAAAGGGGUGCCUCAGGGACAUGGGUUGCCUGCAGAGAAGAGCCACAGUGGGACAUUCCAGGCAAACUUCCUUCCUGUUCCUCUGAUCCAGGCAGAGACCUAUAGAUGCUAUGGCUCUUUCAGGAACUCUUCCCACGUGUGGUCAUCCCCAAGUGACCCAUUGUACCUUUCUGUCUCAGUAAACUCAUCAAGAAAUUUCACUUCAUGCACCGAUCCAGACUCCAAAAAUAAUAACCACAGGAUGAUGCAUAUGUUGAUUGGGCUAUCAGUGACCAUGAUCCUUUUCUUCUCUGUCAUCCUCCUUUAUGCUUGUUGUUCUGCCCAAAACAGUAAGUCCCGAAAACAAGCCAGUGAGUGUCAUCUGAGUAGUGUGAGAAAACAAAACCAGAGAAAUACAGGUGUGUGCCCUACAUUUACAGAUGAAUACUUGGGCCAAUACAGGGAAACUAAGGAAAGAGAACAUGAAAGAAAAGAAAUGCUGGAGGUGACAUACACAGAAUUGGAACAGUGGACAUUCAAGCAACGAUUGACCACACCCAAUACCGAGCAGCCUCAGGAAUUUUCCAAAGAGAUCAGCUUCAUCCUACUCCUGAGAACUUUGGCACAAGCAGGAAUUAGUAACAAACCUUCACUGUCUGCCUGGCCAAGUCAUAUUGUUCCUCAGGGACAGAAUGUGACCUUCACUUGUGAUACUCACAGUGAGUUUAACAUAGUCAAGCUGUACAAAGAGCAUGGGGAUCCUAUCACUCAGGUCUAUAAGAAAAUAUUCCGGAAGAGUCUUCUCUUGGGACCUGUGACCCCAGCAUUUGGAGGAACCUACAGAUGCUAUAGUUAUAAACAUCAGUACCCUAAUGAUUUCUCAUCACACAGUGACCCUCUGAAGAUCAUAAUUUCAGGAAUCUACAGGAAACCUUUCCUCCUGGCCCUACCAACUCCUCUGGUAAAAUCAAAAGAGAAGGUGACAUUGCAGUGUCACUCAGAGAUUAUGUUUGACACUUUCAUUUUGAUGUUACAUAGAAUGGGAAUAAGCAAGGACUCUUUCCAGCUCUCUGCAGAAACUCAUAUUGGGGGAUCCCGUGCCAACUUCCCAAUAGGUCCUGUGACACCUGACCAUGCUGGGACUUACACAUGCUAUGGUUCUUACAAACAAACACCGUAUGAAUGGUCUGAAUCCAGUGACCCUGUUGACAUAAAGAUCACAGGUUUAUACAAGAAACCUUCGCUCUCUGCUCUGAUGAGACCUGUGGUGACAUCAGAAGAGAACAUGACCUUGUCCUGCAUCUCUGACGUUCAGUUUGACAUGUUCCAUCUGUCUAUGAAAGGGGUGCCUCAGGGACAUGGGCUGCCCACAGAGCAGAGCCACAAUGGGACAUUCAAGGCCAACUUCUUUCCUGUUCCUUUGAUCCAGGCAGAGACCUACAGAUGCUAUGGCUCUUUCAGGAACUCUUCCCAUGUGUGGUCAUCCCCAAGUGACCCAUUGUACCUUUCUGUCACAGUAAACUCAUCAAGAAAUUUCACUUCAUCCACUGAACCAGACUCCAAAACUAAUAACCACAGGAUCAUGAAUAUUCUGAUCGGGCUGUCAGUUACCAUGAUAUCUGUUUUCCUUAUCUUCCUCCUUUAUUCUUGUUGCUCAACCAAAAAGAGUAAGUCACGGGAACAAGUCCGUGAAAGUCAUCUGAAUAUUGUGAGAAACCAAGACUGGAGAAAUACAGCUACCAUGGACCAAGACUGUGAAUCGAGAACAACACUGAACAGACAGGACCCUGAAAGACAAGAAGUGCAGGAGGUGGCAUACUUGGAAUUUGAUCACUUGAUCUUCAGACAAAAAUUGCCCAGUCCCAUUUCCCAGAUUUCAAAGGAAUUUCCCACAGAUUCCAGUGUGUAUGUGGAAGUCAGGAAAUGUUAAGCUGAGAUGAAACAUCUUCUUUACCUCAUGAGUUCUCAAGGAAACAUCUGAUCUUAGCCAUUCUGACCAGUGUAAGAUGGUAUCUCUGAGUCAUUUUGAUUUGCAUUUCUACAAUAACUAAAG